AUGGAGAAGAGUAGUAGACUGAAGAGCUUCUCUGGGCUUAAUCAGCUUAAGACUGACAAUAGCAACAAUGACACUAGUCCAACGACAUUACAAUCACUACUUUCUUCAUCCAAUACAAUCUCUAGUGGUUAUUCAGGGACAUCUGAUGCUUGUCGAAACAAUUCAAGAUCGAAUCAAGCGAGCGGACGACACCAUUCUUUAGUCUAUACUCAACAUCAAGAGUAUGCGUCCCCUUCUUUAUCUGGUAGCAGUAGUGAGAGUGACGUAGCAGCUACUGUUACAGUCGGACAAACAGCAGAACCAUUGUCAAACGUUUCUUCAUCUUCGCUUGACUGUACAAUUGCCACGGAUGUAUCGUUACAAUCUCCACGUAGUUUACAAGAUCGAUCAACGUAUACAAAGCUCAAUAAUCAAUGGGGACAAAAUGAAGCUCAACACGUGAGGAUGGACUUGUCAAGAAAUUGUGACAGUCGAGCAAGCUCUUGCUCUCGAGCAAAUAGCUCGGCGGAUUUGUUUGCAACAAGCUCUUCAGUGUACGAUGACAAAGAGAGUGGACCACGAUCGUGUCCGUCAACUUUUGGUGACGUUGAUGCGAAUCGACACAAGAAUUUGCUUACUAAAAGACGCUCAUCUCGGGGUGGCGAAUUGAUUGUGUCCAAGCUGCAACCUACGUACAAAAGUGUGAAUAAUAUGCUGACCUACCUGCAUGAACUGAAAAUAUCAGAGGCGAGUCUGCGUAAACAGUUGUUAAAUACAAAGCGUCAUACACAAGAGGAGCUGAACCAGUCGCUGUCGAAGCUGAACGAAUUACAACGCACAAUGAAGGAGGUAGAGCGAGAUCGUAAGCGAUCGCUACGGAAAUUAGACGAAAAGGAGCAACGUAUUCGCGAACUUGCAGCCAAGCUAAAGAAGGCAGAGGCGACUCAACAAAGGACGAAACCUUGUCGAAGAAACGUCUUUUCUAUCGAUGAGCUUCCACGAAUUGAGGAAGAAGCUGAUUUACAUAUUGAGACAAAGGCACGGUCAAUAGACCAGCACACACCUCUUGAAGACGUAAAAUGGUUGAAGCCCUCAUCAGAAACACCCCCAUCAAAAACGCUUGCAUCCCUCACCGUGGAAGCAUGUCUGCCUCCAUUGCAGCAAAAUCAGCCUCCAGAACCCCCUCUACACUCUAACCAGACUAUCCAGGAUGAGUCCACUCAGUAUGCGAUUGCUUCGCCACGAUCGCCCAACCACCCGCCAUGGGAUCCAUGGGCUUCAGGAGGUGCUACUACCAUGAGUACAUUGCCGCCGGUCUUUACGAUAGGUUCAGCAGUACUCAACGCUGAGGUGACAUCAGUCACAGAGCCUGCUGAUAGCAAGAUUGGACAUUACGAGCUAAAGUCAGUACUGUUGUCUUCGCGAAAAGGACAAGGCUUCCAUGAAGAUUCAAGAAGUGUUUGUUCUGCUCAAGAAAACGAAAAACAGCAGCAGCAGGAAAAUGCGUCGAUGGUGGCGCCACUCGACCAACAUGAAGGUUUGUCUGCGACGCUAAGCUCUGGCUUAGUAUCAAGGAGUGACUCAUUAUUCCCGUCGCCGCCACAUCCGUUUCAGCAAGACUUUGACUUUGAUCCACCGACAUCACAGGACAUAGCUCAUGGAAAGAUGCCAGAAAAGGCGAUGACGAUGGAAUUUUCGUUGACAUCCGAUGCGAUGCGCCAUGUCGAAGCAAUACGUCCAAUCCGGGAGAAACGAGGCAAACAGCAGGAGAUAAAAGCCGCUAUUCACGAUAGUGAUUUACAUGUGUGGAAUGGACUUUCAGACAAACAAGACGUGCAAAUAAGAGCUGCGCGGACCUCGACAGACAAUAAGGACCCAUCUCCUACUUCCGUAGUAGAACAUAUUACUAGUUUACCAUUGCAGUUGCCGGUACAUGCCUCGCCACGCGAUCCAGAUACUCACUUAGCUGCAUCUGAUCGACCUACUACUUUCUCUUCACAGUCGUCUCCGACGUUACAGGCUCAGCCCGAUGAACCUGCCUUCGCUUUCCGGGACACAAGCAAAGAUGUGCAAAGUGCACCAGUGUCCUUAGAGAUGUUGCUAGUAGACUUCUUCACGGAGGUGGACAACAAACGAUUGAAGAUGGCAAAGGUUUACGGAAAGCGGUAUGCGGGCCGCGAGAAGUGGUUGUUUGCAGAGUUGACGAAGCGAUAUGGUGCGGCGAAGGUGACAGCGUUGAAGACUCGAUUCGAAAAUGGAAGUGGUGGCAAUGCUUCUACUGUCAACAACCGUGGCAGUGGCACCAGUGAUCAUCACGCAACGCACUCGUCGGAUGCUUCGACUCAUCCAAAGGCAGGGCGUCAAGUCCACUCACGACAUCCACAGUUCUUGCAGCCACCUAUACCUGCCAGCAAUGCAGACAGUAUGUCUGCAAUGUCUUUUCCGGCUGUCCCACAUCAAGAAAAGGAGGAGUCUCGCUCGCAGACACAACAGGUUGCCGAAGAAGGUGAUAGAUCUUCAACUCGGGGCGAAAGAAUGUCUGCAGACUCGGCAAGUUCACCUCAGAAGCGUCAGUCCGGAGGCCACAUGCUUUCUCUUUCUAGCUCUCCACCGUUGUUUUCAAACUUGCAAGAGACUGGCAAAGAAGACAGUGCGACUGCUGUUGGCACGGGUGACUCCACGUUCACGAGUAAGCCUGUUCUAAUGACUCGACAUGGAGAGCCGCCUGGUCAAUUCAACCAGUUGCCUCCCCGUCCUCAGACUGGAAUGGAUAACAGCAACGCUGCGUCUUUGGGGCUUCGCCAGCGUCAUCAAUCGUCUGGUCAUAGCCAGACACAUACUGAUGCCGCACGUCCAGAUGCCAAACGUCCUGCUGUGACCUUGGAGGGUUUGCUGAAGGAGCUGUACAAGAAGCACCAACCUGAUAAGCUGAAAAACGUCUCUAUUGUCGCGAAACAGUACGCCGGUAAGGAGCGUGAGCUUGUUGGUUUGCUGAAGGGGAAGUAUGGAGCACUGAGCGUAAAACGGUUGGAAGAGAAUUUGGACGUUCUGGAGCGUGCGAACCGUACCAGCAUGGGUCAUAAGGGUGUCGGGAAGAAGCGCGGCUGUUUCAUUCGUACGAUCUCGCUGCUGUUUUGGCUGUCACUGCUGCUGUACUUCUCGUUUGGAGCUGUUUUUGUCAGCUUUGUCGUGUUGGAUGCGUGGGGGUGCCAUGCUUUUGACAGUGAGGAGCAAGAGUUGGAAGCUGCUGACGAUUGUCUGCCGCUGAAGAAGGAGCUGGAUACUUUUACGUACGAGCGCAUACCUGCUUACGUGAGCCAGUCACAUCCGGACGCUUGUUUUUGCUCCGAGUGGAAGGCGCGCGAAAGUGCGGUGUUUGGGACCUUUUCGUGUGCAAGCUUUGUCAACUUGGUGAGACUGGUUCCGUUUACGCCUGAAUCGUUUGGUGUACCGUGGGUGGCGACUGUGAAGGAACAAGUACCGUCGCAAGAGGUUUAUGACAGUUACACAAAGCCUGUGUUGGACUUGUCAUUGGAUAUUAGUUUGUUCAUGGACAAAAAGUCAGAGCCGUUGUUCGGUGACGGGCAAGCGCUGUCUGCUUUUAGCGCGGAGAUGGAGAUGGAGGCAGCUAGGGUGAUGAGCGAUGUUGACGAGGACCUUGCUUCGCUAACGAGUACAUUUGCCGACGCUGAUGUGGAAGUGAUGAAUGUGGAGUCAGACGAUGGCACAGCGAGGAAGGUGUUUGAAACUGAGGCGGAGGCAGAGAAUGUCGAAGAGGAGCAAACAAGCGCUGAAGUCUUAGAGGUAGAGCCUUCAGCUGAGUUGAGCUCCGACUUCGAAUAUGUGGCAGAGGAAAGCGAGUUGCCAAAUCCGAUCGAUGUCAACGAGCGGGAGCUGAUGUCAGUCGGUGAGGAGAUUGCUGGCAGCUCGCUGAAUGAAGGAGGUGAGUUGGAGACUGACACAGAGGAGUUGGAUCAUCUACCUGCACCUGAAUUUGAAGCUCAGGAGACGGAGACGACGUUUGACGAAGAGGUAGGGUUUUUAUCCGUCGAAAAUGAUGUCAACAUGGUGACGGAUGAAGAGUUUGUCCUGGCGAAGUCUGUUGUUGAGCUGUCAUUCAACUCGAGGGGCGUUGUUGCGGAUGCAAUUGUGAGUGAGGAGGGCACUGCUUGUUCGUCGGACGGUGGAUAUGGGGUAACCGAAGAGGAGGGUAUUAAUGAUCAUGACGAAACGGUAUCUCAUGCUGAAAUGGAGGAACCCAUGUCAAAUAACGUUGAUGAUGAGAAUGUGCUUGAGGAGAAAUUCGAAGAAGCUGGAGACGGGGUGGUCAUUCCUGACGAGAUAAAGAUAGCGAGCAAGCUGGAGCUAGAAGAGUACGCCGUUGGUGUACCGAAUGAAGAUACGGUAGUGCCUGAAUGGACCGAAGACUUGUCGAAUCAAGACUUUGACUUGCAGGAGGGCGUUGAAGAAGCUGCGGGCACUUCAACGGAUAUUGAGGCGGCUGGUGAGGAGUCGGGUUUGCCGUCCGAGGCUGAAGUGGAGAAGGAGGAGGAGGCUGCCAACGAAAUGGAUGAAGUAGCAAGUGUUGAAUCGCCUCCUUUCAUUGAGAUUGAAAGAAGGCAUUCUGUGUCCGAAGUUGAUUUGGCCGACGAACUGGACGAGAGAUCUGUGGCGAUCGAAGCCGCAGUCGGGUUGGACGACGAGGACACAGAGUCUGCUGAGCAUGGUCAAGAUGCGAACGAACAUGUUGAGGAUGUUGGAACGGCUACGCAGAGCACUAGUGACAGCGAGGACGUGACUCCAGCGGACGACGCUUUGAAGUCUGAUGAAUGUGCAUACGUAUGGAUGGAUGAAGCAAAUGCGGCAGCUGAUUUCGCUACCGAUGGACUAAUUGAGUGCGUUGCUAACGACGGUAUCGACGAAGAUGAAGAGAAAGAGAUUUCCUUCAUGCAAAACCUGCAGAACCUCGACGAAAUGCUUCGGCUGGCCGAACGAGCUGCUGCUGCCAUGAUGGAGGCAAGUUGA